AUGACGGGUCCUCCCACGCCCAAUGUUGCUGGACCCCCAGCCCGGUUCCGUAGCGCCCCUCACUUACCUCAUACCUCCUCGCACAAAAUCACAAGCAACGCGAUUAACUCAGUCUCUACCCCUCAUUGUUCGCCAAGUUCAGAUGCUAAAAUCAAGGACAAUUUAAGAGUGACACCCUUCCCAGCCACCGUCUCACCUUCUAUAUAUUUCCCCACAUCUCUCCCCAGCCUGCGACUGCUAUCAUUAGCCCUUCUUCUUAUCGCUUUAGGGCUCCAGUUCUUUCACAAACCUUUUAUAGACGUUCUUCCCCGUCCCACCUCGAGACUCAAACCUACCCCUACACGACUUGUUCCCCAAGAAAUAUUUGGAAGUAAAAGUACCUCGGCAGCCUCCUCAACUCCAGAAACCGUCCCAGAGAAUAUAUCGGGAUUUGCGAUUUGCGGACCUCAGAAGAAUUAUCAGAACGAUCCGGAUCCUGAGAUAUAUUCAGACAUCCCCCACCAAACAUUCGUCCGCAAGCUUGAAACUUCUUCUGUAGAAAACAGCCACAUGGGAGGAAACAUGACGUUGAUCGAGAAGGCAAAGUCUAUUGCUGCGGAGUUUGAGUAUACUCCAGAGCAAGCUAGAGCGGGUGUCAAGGAGUUUCUCCGAUUGAUGGACGUUGGAUUAAGCAAUGAUGGCGAAGCUAUGACAAUGAUCCCGACCUACGUUACUAAAGUUCCCAAUGGCACAGAAGAGGGUGUGUACCUUGCUGUUGACCUUGGCGGUACCAAUUUCCGUGUUUGUUCUAUCACUUUGAAGGGCGACACAACUUUCAGCAUCCAGCAAUCGAAAGUUGCCAUUCCUAAGGCUUUGAUGGUCUCUGACUCCAAAUCGCUCUUCUCUUUCCUCGCAAAGAACAUUGCCGAGUUUGUUAAAGAGCACCAUUCGGACCACUUCGCUGAGGAUGCUACCCACCAUCUCCAUCUCGGGUUCACAUUCUCAUUCCCUGUUGAUCAGAAAGCCGUCAACAAAGGAUACCUGAUCCGUUGGACCAAGGGUUUUGAUAUUCCUGAUGCCAUUGGGAAGGAUGUUUGUGCUCUUCUCCAGGCAGAAAUUGACAUUCUCGGACUGCCUGUUGUCGUUGCUGCUUUAGUCAAUGAUACCGUAGGAACUUUGAUGGCGCGCUCAUACACCUCCCCCGGAAAGACUGGAACAUUAUUGGGAGCUAUCUUCGGCACUGGUACCAAUGGAGCCUACGUCGAGAAGCUGAGUCGGAUAACAAAGAUGACCAAGCCUGGCGCCAAUGUAGGAGAGUAUGAUAAAUCGACCGGUGAAAUGGUCGUAAACACCGAGUGGGGUAGCUUCGACAAUGACAUGAAGGUUCUCCCUGAUACCCCCUAUGACCGUGCUCUUGAUAAGAACAGCGUCAACCCUGGUAUCCAGAUGUUUGAGAAGCGUGUUUCCGGUAUGUUCUUGGGUGAGAUUCUCCGAAAUGCAGUAUUGGCCUUGAAGGAGAGCCACAAUAUAUUCUCCACAGCCACCAUCAAGACAGAUUCUGCUCUUUACACCCCCUGGUCUCUUGAUACCUCGGUCCUGUCAUACAUUGAGGCCGAUGAAACUCCAAAUUAUUUGGUUACUCGCGAGACUAUCCAGAAGGAGAUGGGUGUUUAUGGUACCACCGUCGAAGAAGCAGAAGCGAUCAAGACAAUAGUACAUGCCAUUGGAAAGCGUUCUGCUCGUCUUUCGGCUGUUACUAUCGCUGCUAUUGUAUUGGCAACCGGCAAGCUUGGAAACGCUCCUAAACCAAACACCCAGAGUGCCGAAAGUUCGGAUACGAAAGAUCUCUCUUUCAUCGAGCAGGGUAUCAACGCCAUCGUAACGGCUGUCUUAGGCAAACCGGAUGCUGCACCAUUGGUUGAUGCCCCAGCUCCCACUGGCGAAUCACCUGUGAAGGCUGACAAAGCCAUCUCGGAGGACGAUAUUAUUGAUAUCGGUGUCGACGGCAGUGUAGUCGAAUUUUAUCCCAAUUUCGAGGGUCACUUCCGACAAGCUCUCCGAGACAUCCCAGAGGUUGGAGAGGAAGGUGAGAGGAAGAUUAGGAUCGGAGUUGCCAAGGAUGGGUCCGGUGUCGGUGCUGCAUUGAUUGCGCUCGUUGCUUACAAGAUGAUGAACAACAUUGCGUAG